AUGAAAACACCAGUGAUUACAAUUCCCUUGAAGAAGACGGAGGAAGUUGAUUGGUCCAAACCUCUGCAGUCUUAUCUUGCAAGAGUGUAUGGGUCUAGUGAUGAGUACCACGAGGGCAUAACCACGUUUAACAAAUUGAGAUCCGAUAUGACAGGUGCAGGUCGGGAUUCCACGGGACGUGACCUGCUCUAUCGGUACUAUGGCCAGCUUGAACUGCUUGAUUUGCGGAUUCCUGUUGACCAGCACGGAGGAGUUAACGUGACAUUCACUUGGUUCGAUGCCUUUAGACCCGCUUCAAGCUCGUCGCAACACUCACUGGCCUUCGAGAAGGUAAGCGUUCUGUUCAAUCUGGCUGCAGUUCUUUCGCAUUUGGGCGCAGACUAUUUGGAUGAUGACGAUCUCAAGUUGUCGUACCAGGCUUUUCAAUGGAGUGCGGGAAUCCUCCAGUUCAUCUCCGAAAACUUCCUCCACGCCCCUUCCAACGAUUUGCAUCAGGAUACGAUCAAGGCCCUUACCAAAUUGAUGCUCGCGCAAGCCCAAGAGGUGUUUGUGUUGAGAUUAUUGCUCGGUGAUUCGCAGACCAAGCCUUCUCUUCUGGCGAGACUGGCCAAAUCGUGCAGCGUGUUCUAUGGGCUGGCCAAGGACGGUCUGGAUGAGGUCUCAUCCAAGGGUGUUGAUGUCAAAUGGAGUGCUUUUGCCAAACUCAAGACUAAGCAUUACUUGUCUGUUGCACACUACUACCAGGCACUGAACUCAAAGGCUUCUGGAAAGUACGGUGUGGCCAUUUUCCACGCGAGAGAGGCCCGUGACGACUCUAAGGAGAAAGCCGUUUUUCUUGGAGUUGAGAUGUUCACAAAACUAAACGCUGUCACCAAAAAAUGGGCAGAGACUGUCAAAAAUGAGCUCACUGAGUUGGAAAAAGACAAUGAUUACAUUUACCACGAUGUGAUUCCUACGACAGUUCCAGAGAUCAAGCCUAUGGAUAGUGCUGCUCCCGUACCACUAAACAAGCAGAAUGUUGCUGUGGUGACUACCGAUCUGUUUGAAAAGAUUGUGCCUAUGGCUGUCCACGAGCAGGAAUCUUACUACUCCGAGGAAAAAGCUAAGCUUCUCCGCAACGAAAGCGGAAAAAUCACCGUUGCCGACGAGGAACUGGAAUCUGUGCUUGAGUUUUUAAGGUUGCCGAAGUCCUUGGCAGAUAUCAGGGAGCUUCUGAGGUGGAAUGGAUCCAGUCCUCCCGAUGACGAUGACGAUGACGAGGAGGUGGACCCAAGAGUGUUGUCUGUUUCUCUCGAAGUAUCUUCAUCCAGACUAGAUUCUUCUUCCGUCUCUAACACGAGAUCCCAAAUAUACCCAAUUCUACAGAAUUGUGACACUUUGUUAGACAACGAGGAAAAGACUUUCACUUCAAACAAGACGCAGUAUGGAAGUGGUUGGUCUCAGACGCCUUCUGAUAGUUUCAGUCUCAAGGAGGAGAUUGCACGCAUCAAGAAGUCGCUGGCAGAUGCGGCAUCAUCUGAUCAGAAACUCUUGCAAUUGAUAGACGAAUACCAAAGCGAACUGGAUGUGUUGAAGCUAGGUCCGCAAUCGCAGCGCUUGAAGGAUGUCUUUACAAAGCCAAAACCGGCAGAUUCGCAAAGUGUUUCGCUGGUAGACCUAGACGAUUCGACGAUAGUCAAGACUAAGGCAAAGGUCGAACAGGUGGACUCAAAAGUUCAGGAGCUCUACUACCUGAAGAAGGAGAGACAAAACACUUACAAUGACCUGAAAGAACUUGUGCACAAAGAUGAUAUCUCAAACAUUUUGAUUUUGAACAAAAAGAUGUCGAACAUGGACAAAGUUUUCAGCGAAGAACUAUCCAAAUUCCGACCUUACCAGGAUAGAAUAGAUGCCACUGUGGAGAAGCAAGAGCCUCUGGUCAACGAGAUCAAAGCUCUCAUGGGCGAUAUUCUCCAGGACGAAACUGUAAAGAGAAAUCGUAAGUUGCAAAAGGCCCAGAACAGCAGCAAGAAAUCGCUCGUUUCCAGAUACCUACAGGCCUACGACAGUUGGAAACAGUACAAUACUGGAUUAGAACAGGCGACAAAAUUCUACUCGCAACUUCUGAAUUACGCACACGAUGUGAGGUCAAAAGUGGAGACGUAUGUGCGGUCAAGAUCGGAACAAUCGGCAUUGUUGUCAAACUCGUUUUCGUCUCAGGAGAGAGACCAGUAUGCUUUGAGGGAGCAUCUCAGCAGACUGAGCAUCAACGGUGGAAUUUCGCCAGGAAACAGCAGAUCGGGAUCUCUUAACUGGCAGCCGCAGCCACAGCAACCGGCACAUCACCAGGCACAGAUUUACGAGCAACAACCCCCACUUCCUGCAAAGCCCGGAUCGUUCUCAUACACGAACGGCUACCAGCCACCACCUCCGCCAAAACCCCAAGGAAUGACUGGAGUUGCUCCAAUUUCUGGAUACAGCUCGUUGCAACCACCUCAGCAAAAUAACGCCAACGUAAAUGCGCCUUCUGGUUCGUUUUACAGCACUCCUUCAGUGUAUGAUCCUGCGCUGUAUAGCAAGUUCAGUCAGAACAGCUGA